AUGAUUUAUGCUCGCCUUUGUACCGCGUUGAUCGCGGUGGCGUCCUCGGUCGCCGCCGUUAAGGUCAAUCCUUUACCAGCUCCGCGCCACAUUUCUUGGGGUUCUUCAGGCCCCAGACCGCUAUCAGAUUCCGUGUCUCUGCGGAGCGAUCAGGAUACAAAGGACAGUAUUCUCACGAAUGCGUGGGAUCGCGCCUGGGAGUCCAUCACUUCUUUGGAAUGGGUCCCUGCUGGAAUCGAACAACCCAUUUCAUCUUUCGAACCUUUUCCAACAGCUACCCCAUCCCCUUCUCCAUCUUCUAGCGCUGCUGCUAAGGCAAAGCGUGCCGACUCGCCGAUAAGUUUUGUGGAAGUUGAGGUGGACGACUGGGAUGCCGACCUCCAGCACGGGGUGGACGAAUCCUACACUCUUGAAGCCAAAGAUGGCUCCGAUACCGUCCAGAUUACUGCAAAGACCGUGUGGGGUGUUCUGCACGCUUUUACUACAUUCCAGCAAUUGGUCAUUUCGGACGGCAAAGGAGGGCUGAUUAUCGAACAGCCCGUUCAAAUUAGGGAUGCUCCUCUAUACCCUUACCGUGGAAUUAUGAUUGAUACCGGCCGUAACUUCAUCUCUGUGCGCAAGACCUACGAACAACUGGAUGGCAUGGCACUGUCGAAGCUAAAUGUCCUACACUGGCAUCUGGAUGAUACCCAGUCAUGGCCCUUGCAUAUCGACGCCUACCCAGAGAUGGUUAAAGACGCAUACUCCGCGCGAGAGACCUUCUCUCACAAGGACCUGCGCAACGUUAUUGCAUAUGCCCGCGCCCGCGGUAUCCGUGUGAUUCCCGAGAUUGACAUGCCCGCGCACUCUGCCUCCGGAUGGCAGCAGGUUGAUCCUGAGAUUGUGGCCUGUGCUGAUUCCUGGUGGUCCAACGACAACUGGGAGUUGCACACGGCAGUCCAGCCGAACCCGGGACAGCUCGAUAUUAUCAACCCAAAGACUUACGAAGUCGUCAGAAAAGUAUACGAAGAGCUUUCUGGUAUUUUCACCGACAACUGGUUCCACGUCGGAGGCGACGAAAUCCAGCCGAACUGCUACAACUUCAGCAGCUACGUUACUGAGUGGUUCGCAGAGGAUCCCUCGCGUGAUUACAACGACCUAAUGCAACACUGGGUCGACAAAUCUGUGCCAAUCUUUAAGAACGUCAGUCAGUCCCGCCGUCUAAUCAUGUGGGAAGACGUCGUUCUCAACACAGAACAUGCCAAUGAUGUUCCCAAGGAUAUCGUCAUGCAAAGCUGGAACAAUGGGCUUGAGAACAUUGCCAAACUCACUGAAGCCGGGUAUGAUACGGUUGUGUCCUCUUCGGACUUCAUGUACCUCGACUGUGGUCAUGGCGGCUACGUCACCAACGACGACAGGUACAACGAGCAAGCCAACCCUGACCCUGAUACCCCGAGCUUCAAUUACGGUGGCAUCGGCGGGUCAUGGUGCGCUCCAUACAAGACGUGGCAGCGGAUCUACAACUACGACUUCACCCUGAACCUUACGAAGAGCCAGGCAGAGCACGUCAUCGGUGCCGCUGCGCCUCUCUGGGCCGAACAGGUUGACGACGUGAAUGUGUCCAACAUGUUCUGGCCUCGUGCUGCGGCUCUCGCGGAGCUCGUGUGGUCUGGGAACCGCGAUGCUAAGGGCAACAAGCGUACCAACCUAUUCACGCAACGCCUUAUGAAUUUCCGCGAGUACCUUGUCGCAAACAACGUGAUGGCUGCUAUUGUCGCUCCCAAGUACUGCCUGCAGCACCCCCACGCUUGUGAUCUAAACCUCAACCAGACCAUUCUUUAUUAG